AAUCGUGAUUCCAUUUAUUAACGUCCACAUAAAUACGUUAUCUCAGAGUAAAUGCGUUAUUAAUUGAUUCUCGUUUAAUGUAAAAUUUUAUGUAAAGUAAAAGCUAAAGAAUUUUACAAAAUUCUUUAUGGAAGUUAAAAAAUCGAUUAGGUGUUACAAUUUUAAUUAAAUUCUAAAGGAUCCAAAGACGAAUAUAGCCUCGGCAACAUCGCUUCUUGAUAUCAUUGUUUUCAUAUCUCGAAGUGCAGAUAGGUAACUUAGGUCAGAUAUUGUGACUAAAGAAAUCCAACAUUGUAUAAUGAUGGAAAGUGAUACUGUUAAAUUAAUAAUAAAAGCGCCCAAUCAACAAAUCAAAGAUCAACUUAUAAAAUGUGAUAUCGGGUGGAGCAUCGGUCGUCUAAAAGAAUAUCUUUCCGAAGUUUAUCCCAGCAAACCAGAAAGCGCGGAUCAGAAAUUAAUUUAUGCUGGUCAAUUAUUGAACAAUUCUUCUUAUUUGAAAGAUAUUUUAAGACAUUGUGAUGACCUGGAGGACCAAGCAUAUACUAUACAUUUAGUAUGUACUUCUCAAAAAAAUUGUGCCAAUAAAGUAUUUGAUCGAACACAAGUUAAUGAAAAUGUGAAUGUAAAUUCAGCCAUAAGAAAUAAUGUUGACUAUAUCAGAACUAAUAAUAUUCAAAGUCAAAAUCAAAGCACAAAUAACAUUAUAACUCAACCUUCUCAAACACAAUUGUAUUCUAUGCAACAAUAUUUUGAUCCUCGAAAUAGUCAACAAGUAGCUUGGAUGCAACAAGCUUAUACACACUAUUUCACACAGUACAUGCAAUUAAUGGCAGCACAAGGAAUCCAGUUACAAAGUACUAUUCCUUAUGUUCAGCAAAUGAAUAUUAAUCCAAAUGAAGUUACACAAAAUACAUAUAUGAAUAACAAUAACAACAAUAAUAAUAACGUUAGAGAUAAUCAACCUCAAGCGGCAGUGCAAGAUGCAGCCGAUAUUAAUGCAGGCAAUAAUAAUGCAGCUGGAGAGGAUGGUGUAUUUAAUCCAGAUUGGCUAGACUUUUUUUAUAUGCUAUCCAGAAUCAUUAUUCUCUUUAGUAUAGUGUACUUUUACUCAUCUCCACUCAGAUUUCUUAUUGUUACAUUCUUGGGCUUUGUAAUAUAUUUGUACCAGAGUGGAUUUUUCAGAUUACAUAUUAUAUAUAUGCCUGAAAAUAAUAACGUACGUCCAGACAAUAACAAUCAAGUAUUACAAAAUGAAGGAGCAGCUCCACAAGUCGCCCCUGCACAACAAAAUGGUCAAGUUCCAACGGUACAACCAGAGGCUAGAACAAAUGCUAAUGAGGAAAAUGAAGAAGAAAGACCUGGUGCUCUUGCUUUCACAUGGACAUUUUUCAGUUCGUUUUUUGCCUCUCUUAUUCCAGAUCAACCAAACGUCAUUUAAUUUACUAUUAUAUUGUUAUGCUUCAUAAUUUGUUCUACCUGUUGUUCCUUCAUUUUAAAAUUCUUGAAGUGUCAUUACAAAACCUGAAGAGGUGAUCUCAUAAUCAUAUAAGUUUGAGAAAUAUUUCAGUGUGAAUUUUAACUAAAAUUAUGAUUAAAUCUUGAAUUAUUAUUUUAAUUAAUUUCUUAUAUAAAAGCUAUUCAUCAAGUCAAUGAUUAAUGUACAUGACUUUAUUUAAUAUUUUAGUUAAAAUGUUUCUGAAAUUAACCAUCUUACAUAAAGUUUAUUCAUAGGGACGGGUUUAACAUUUAUAAUUCAAUGAGAUUCCCUCAAGGUUGCUACACAGAUUAAUAUAGUUACAUUCAAAGAAGAUUCUACAAAAAUUGGUUAUAGCUGUCUUCUCUUUAAGGAAGUUAUAGGCUUAUCCCAAAGUUAUUAGGAAUUUAUUGUAAAAUACUUUUUUUAUGUUUGUAGUAAUAUAAAUAUACAACGAGAGAAAAAUA